AUGAGUGAUGCACUCGAUUUGAAUGAUCUGAAGCGCCGUAUGGACGGAGCUGUGCAGGCAUUGAAACAUGACCUCAAUGGUCUGCGCACCGGUCGCGCGUCACCGAGCCUGCUGGAACCGAUCACGGUGGAAGCAUACGGCUCGAAUAUGCCUUUGAACCAGGUCGCCAAUAUUACCGUUCCUGAAUCCCGGAUGCUUGCCGUAUCGGUAUGGGACAAGUCCAUGGUCGGCAAAGUCGAACGUGCGAUCCGUGAAUCGGGCCUCGGGCUCAAUCCGAUCACCGAUGGUAAUAACCUUCGCAUUCCGUUGCCGGAACUUAACGAACAGCGCCGCAAGGAACUCGUGAAGAUCGCUCACCAGUAUGUCGAACAGGCCAAGGUUGCUGCGCGCCAUGUGCGCCGAGACGGUAUGGACGAGCUGAAGAAACUCGAAAAAGAUGGCACGAUCAGUCAGGACGACAACCGCGUUCUUUCCGACAAGGUGCAAAAGCUGACGGAUGACACGAUC